CCUGAGAAAGAGGAGAGAAGGCGAAACGACGAGACUGCGAAUCACACCGCACUGUGGGGUGGCAGGGGCCUGUUGGAGACAGCCGAAGAGAGGCGCCCGGAGCGGCAAAAAAAGGCAAACUAGGUGAAGUUACCGGAGAGAAGGACGGAGAGAAAAGAGAGAGAGCAGAGCUCUUUUCACACUGCACCGGUGCACAGAUAACGAGAAAGAAGCAGAGGAAGACGACACUCGAGCGCAGCAGAGACCCUCGAGCACCAACGUUUCUCCGUCUCUGCAGACGCGAGCGACCGACAGGCAGGAUGCGAGAAGACGACAGCGAACUGGUGGAAGAGGACUCGAGAGAGGAAGACCAUGGAGGAGAAGCGGGAGGAAAAGACGAAGACUGCGAAGAGGAGGAACUGAAGGGAGGAGAGGGAAGAGAGGGAAGAGAGGGAGAAGACGACGAGAAAGGACGUGAGGAAGGAAACGAAGGUGGCGAGGAAGCAGGCGAAGAAGACGAGAGACAACAGGGAGACGGAGAAGAAGAUCUAGGCGAAGAAAAAGAAGAGGAAGAAGAAAGAAGCAUCGCAGAAGGACACAGAGACACGAACGAAGACGAAGCACAGAGUGUCGAGGAAACAACCGGCGCCGGCGAAGCGCACCGAGACAGAAGAGGAUGGACGGGAGGAGGAAAAGAAGGCCGAGAAGCAGAGAGGUUCUCGCGAGGUGUGGAGGAACUAAGCCUGAGCGGGGGUCCCUCCAUCCUUUUCGACGCUUUUCUACCUAGCCGCUUCUCUGCGGGGUCUCCUUUUCGCUGCGUCCGCUCGAGACUUCUCUGCCUCGUCUCAAAAGGCGAGACCAAGAAAGACGCUCCCUGUCUGCAUGGUCACGGCACUCUCCAUCUUUCCUUCAGCGUUCUCUUGCAAGCUCGAAGCUGAAGAAUGACGAGCCUCCAACGACCGCCAAGAGACUGUCAGUGUGCAUUCGCAGGAAUCCACGUGCACAUUCCCUGAGGGUGCUUCUCCUUUGCUCUUCCUCUCUGUCUCGACUCUUCGAUCUGUAGUUCUCCUUCGGUCUCUGGCUAGCUCUCUCUCUUCGUCACUCUUCCUCGUCUUCGCUGCCUUCCUGCAUUUCUGGUCUCCUCCCCCUCCUUUGCCGUUUCGGAAUCUCGCGCCGGCGUAUCGAUACACCUGAGCGACGUGUACAUACACCGCGGCGGCGUCUGCCUCUUCCUCACUCGCAGCGUUUUUGCGGCCUCAGUCCUCCAUCUUGUCUUUCAUGUUUUCUGGCUGUUCUCUUGGCAAAGGCAGCGCGCGAGACCGUCUCAUUUUUUCUCGGCUGGAAAAAAAGCUGAGAAACCGCAGGAGACUUCAAAGUGAACUGGCAGAAACGCGGUGGACUCUGCUCUCCUCUCCAAACUGGUCUGCAACGGGGAACUCGCUUUUUGUGGAGCUCUCUACCGUCUCCGGAAUUACCUGGAAAACCAGAGGGGAAGCGAAGACAACAGACACGACGAACUCAUGGAGCAGAGAAGCCUCGUGCCUUUGUGGCUUCCUCAGUCUGUGCUUUGCCUUUGUGCUGUGCCUUCGAGACGAGUCAACGUAUACUUCGCAACAAAGGCCUGCAGAGGCAUCGGAGAAAGAAGGGAGGCUGAGAAGAAACAGAAGCGCCUGUUUAUCACCAUUUCUUGACACUCCCAGCGCGGACUCUUCGAGAGGUCUUCUCCAUGUCUCUCUCGGAUGGGCAGCUUGUGGCGGCGGGCAGCGCGGAGAGAGAGGAAAGAGACAGAGAGAGAAAAGGGAGCAGAAGACUUGAACAGCCGACUCAGGGAUCUGUCGACUUCCUUGAG